AUGGGCUCAAAAGAUCAGAAUGCUCCGCUUCAGACCUUCAUCCACAGCGCGAGUGAUGAAGGGUUGUCGAGCAUCACUACAUUGAUCGUCGGCAGUAAAAACGCGGUUCUGAUCGAUCCUCCCCAUUUGAUUGCGGAUGGAAAGUCUGUUGUCAAAUGGAUCAAAGAAACCACUACGCUGCCGCUCAAGGCCAUCUUCGUCACUCACCACCACCCAGACCACUUCUACUCCGCCGACAUCAUCCUAGACGCUUUUCCCGCUGCAAAACUUUAUGCUGCACCGUACGUUCGCGCAGGUAUUGACCGAGAAUAUGACGACAAGGUCGUAUACUGGAACGAGAUGCUGCCCGGCAAAAUGGUCGAGAGGCCCCGCAAACCAGAACCCUAUCCUUUUUCAUUCUUCGUCAUCGACGGCAAUCCCGAGUCUCCCAUCAUGCUAUUGGGGCCAGUGCAAGGAGACACCGUGGAUCAUACGCUCUUUUGGCUCCCUCGCGAAAAAACAAUCAUCUGCGGCGAUGCCGUAUAUGCCAGGAGUACUCACGUAUGGUGCGACGAGGUUGAAACGGCCCAUCUCCUGGUCGCGUGGCAGAAAACGCUCGACCUGAUCGAGUCCCUCUCCCCGACGAAAGUCAUCCCGGGCCAUCUCUCACGCGGUGCGGGCUGGGAACUGGACGCCAAGGCCGACCUGGCGCACACGCGCAAGUACCUGGACCUGUUCGCGGAGAAGAUCACGUACGCGGCGAAGAAGCCGACGGUGGACGACCUGACCAAGACGUUUAGCGAAAGCUUCCCGCAGGCCAAGGUGGCGGCGGACUUCUUUAUCAGUCAUCUUGCCAAUGACUUUGGCGAGGGAGGGAAGGUGUGGGAGGAGAACAAACACCACAAUGUUGGUGCGCGGACGGAAGAGGGGUUGUUGGGGUACAUUGUUAAAUAA